UGAACGGAGCUGAGACGCCAUUUCAGGGUGGAGGUUAUGAACUAAAAACCUGAAAUAAAAGGACUUAAAUCUGUGAUACAGAGGGACAUUUAACUGGUGAGUCUACCGAUUGAAGGAUAUUUCAAAGAUUUGAAAAAAUGGAUGAAAAAACUCUUUUUAAAAAUUACCUGAGCUGCCACGUUUGUUUAGAGAUUUUCAAAGAUCCGGUGUCUCUGGGCUGCAGCCACAACUUCUGUUCAAGCUGCCUGAAAACGUUCUGGGAAGAAGCUAAAAACAGAAACUGUCCCAUCUGUAAAAGAAAAUCUUCUAAAGACCUUGUUGUGAGCUUUUCACUGAAGGAACUUGCCGACUCUUUUGCUGGAAAACAGGCAGGUGGAUCGUCUGAGACUGAAAAAGAAGAAAAGAGGCUGGAGGAAGUUUGUAAGAAACACCCAGAAAAACCUCCACUGUUCUGUAUAGACGAACAGAGAGCUGUGUGUUCUGUCUGUGAGCUUUUUCUGCACCAGAACCACAAAGUGGUUCCUGUAGAAGAAGCAGUCGGUGAGCUGAAGGAGCUGCUGAAAUCUGACUUAAAGUCUCUGCAGGACAAGAGGAACAAAUACAAACAAGUGGAGAAAACAUAUGAUGAUCUGGUUCAACACUCGGAGAAGCAGCUGCUGUCCACAGAGAAGCAGAUCAGAGCAGAGUUCAACAAACUCCAGCAGUUCCUGAAGGAGGAAGAGGAGUCCAGACUGGCAGCUCUGAGGGAGGAAGAGGAGCAGAAGGGGAGGAGAAUCAGCGGGGAGAUAAAGAGGAUCCAGGAGCAGAUCUCCUCUCUGUCAGACAGCAUCUCUGCUGUGGAAGAAGAGCUGCAGAAAGACAACAUGACGUUCCUCAGCAGGUUUAAACCCACCCGGGACAGAGCCAGAGAGCAGAGCUCAGUGUCAGAUCCACGGCUGCUCUCAGGAACUCUGGUAGACGAGGCCAAACACCUGGGAAACCUGGCCUUCAGAGUCUGGGAGAGGAUGGGGGACCAGGUCCACUUCAGCCCGGUGGUUCUGGACCCAAACACUGCACACACCUGUCUCUAUCUGUCUGCUGAUCUGACCAGUGUGAGACGUGGAGAUACAAAGCAGCAGCUUCCUGAUAAUCCUGAGAGAAAUGUCAAGUAUGCCGAUGUUUUUGGUUCUGAGGGUUUUACCUCAGGGAAACACAGCUGGGAGGUGGAGGUGGGAGAUUAUCCCGGCUGGAUUAUAGGUUUGGUUAAAGACUCCGUUGACAGGAAGGGAGAGUUGCUUCCUUCACCUGAAUAUGGAAUCUGGUGUUUAUGGCAUGGUGAUGGAAAAUACAUCAAUGGUGUUAGUGAGUUCAUCACGAUGAAGACGAGUCUCCGGAGGAUCAGAGUCCAGCUGGACUAUGACGGGGGGAAGGUUUCCUUCUACAACGCUGAAGACAAGAAACACAUCUACACUUACAGAGACACUUUCACUGAGAAACUCUUCCCUUAUUUUGGGAUUGGAAAGUCUGGUGAUGCAAAAACUUCUGAGAUCAGAAUCUGUCAGACAAAGAAUAGAUUAACCUGAGUUUUGAUGGAAUAACUUUUCCAAGAUCGGAUUAUUUUAAGUAAAAAGUUCACAUGUACAAACAAAUGAAUCUCAAAACUUUGAAAAUACAACACAUUUAAAACAUUCAGCGUAUUUGUUCAGCGAUGAAUAAGAUACCAAAAUAUAAAGGUUUGUAAAGUUGUGAUUCUGUUUAUCCAAGUUUGUAUUAAUGUUAUAAAUGUGCUGGAAUCACUGAGAUUAGAUUUUAUGUUUUACUUUCAAACUUUACUGUUUAAAUAAAUGUAGUAAACAGUUAAAUAUGACUUAAAAAUCCACCAUGUUCCUAAAUCUGAGAGCUAUUUUUAAUCAACCUGCUGAUUUUAUAACAUUUGAAGAGGAAAAGUCAAAUAAAAUCAUUCUGUGUAAAUGUUUUAAGUGUUCAAAUGUCAGAGUUUAUAAGUUGCUCCUCAAGUUUCAUUACAAAGAUCAGAGUUUUUAAACAAACUGGAACUAAAAGAUACUAAAACAUGAAAAACUGUUUAAACGUCUAAAAACACAGCUGGUUCUCAUGUGAGCAAAUGUUUUAUAAUUGUUGCUUCAUAUCUUUUUAAACCUUUUUUAAAUGUAUCAUGUAUGUUAAUUUCAUAAUUUUUGACUGUGGUUCUUAAAACCUUCAUAUAUGAAACAUUGAUUUUGUUUAAGUUUCUUUCAAUCAAACAUCUGUGUUAACCUGGUAAACAAACAUGAUCAUGAUUUAUUUUAAUCAUUUGAUAUCGUGACAUAAUAAACUGCAUGUAAUUUCUUUUAGGGGAAAAUAAAACAUUAAUGAAGUGAAUUGACUUCAGUUUAAUGAGUCUGUAAAAACAGGGAGAGACAGGUUUCUAUUUAAAUGGUCAUUUUCUUGAUAACAGCUGAACUGUUAGGGUUUGGAACACCCUUCCUCCACCAAAGGGCGACAAAGCACCGCAGCUGAUCCCUAUCAUCGUCCCCACAUCUGACACCACUCAGCCUCGUCACCCAGUCUGCUCUUAAGCAUGCCUCCCACAAGCUGCAGUGUCGGAUUAUUCUCUCCAGCUCAGUAUGUAUGCUGCCUGUUUUCUUGGUCUUCCAUGGUCUCCUGUUCGUGGACCUCAGAUUCAGAGAAACUUUAUUCAUCCCCGAGGGGCAAUUCAGGACAACUGAGCAGCAUCCGCUCAGCUGCCGGCCGGUCGACCACAACGAGCACCGACCCUCCCUUCCUGGGUCCUUUGGAUUACUUUUUCCAGCCGUGAGUAGCCCUCCGGUCUGCGCCUUUUGUUUGGACUUUCCAGCCGCGUUUUUUCGGUCUGUGAUUUUGUGUUUGUAUUC